CACUGGACGCGGCUGCCCACUCGCCGUCUGGCAGCCGAGGCCCUCACUGUAGCAGCGCCGCCAUGGCAGCACCACGCGCCGCGCUCCUCGUCCUCGCCGCAGUAGUGCUCUGCACUGUCGUCGCUGCACCGUCAGGCACCAAGCUGACGAAGGAGCAGCUGCGCGCCAUGUUCAUGAAGAACCUGCGCCGCUUCCGGUCGUUCCCGUGCAGGGAGCCGCAGAGGCGCUCCGUGAUGGUGGGCGACUUGCUGCUGCGGAAGGGGCAGCUGUCCCCCAGCCAGACGAUCGCGCCGCCUGCCACCGUGCUGCACCUCUGCGGGCCCUCCACCGGCUACUGCUACAGCUCCGACACGGUGUGUGCGCCGCUGGAAAACCAGACGGUGACUCUGCCGUUCCGAGUGCAGGACACCCUGCAGGGCUCCGACUUCAGCGACAUGUCCAUCAACUUCGUCAACCACACGCGCUGCGGCUGCGUGUCCAGGACCGAGGCCCGUGACACGGAGGAAGUCGUCUGGGAGACCAACAGCGUCCCUUGACUCGCUCCGGAGGCGAAGCCCGCGUCGACACGCAGUGCCGGUCUGCAACACGGGUCCACGGUGUUUUAGCCGCCGACUGUGUGCCAAACGAGCGAAUUAACUGAUCGUGUUGCAAGCUGAUUCUCUGCAACAUUAUAAGACUGCAUAUCAUUUGUUGUAUUCAUAAUAUUGUUAAAUACGUAAACCUUCUUUAACAUCUUCCAAUCAUGUAUUUUUUUCUUUUGUGAAUCACAAUAAAUGGCACCUAACACUUUCUAA